AUGGCGGAGGCCCCGAGCAAGAUCGAAUCCAUGCGGAAGUGGGUGGUCGAUCACAAGCUCCGAGCCGUAGGUUGCCUGUGGCUUAGCGGGAUCUCCAGCUCCAUCGCGUACAACUGGUCGCGGCCCAACAUGAAGACUAGCGUCAAGCUCAUCCACGCAAGGUUGCACGCGCAAGCUCUAACGAUCGCUGCCUUAGGUAGUUGUGCAUUAGUAGAGUACUAUGACCAGAACUACGGCUCUUCAGGACCAAAGGUGGACAAAUAUACAAGGCAUUACAUGUCACACUCGCAUAAAGAUUAA